AUAUCCUAUCUCAAAAAAUUAGAAUGUGAUAACAACCGGGGAUCUCCCCACCUGUGGCAGUUUGACGAUAAGGCCUGCUCCUAUGAACAUGUUUCAUUCACUCUCUUCAUCACCUGCUCUGUAAUAGAUGUAUUAUUUGUGUGUGUUGGCCUGGCCUGGCAUUUACAAGGUCCGGCCAUGCGCUACCUGUUGCUCAUCAUCAAAGCAAAGCUUGGUGGACGUAAGGGAGCAGGGGCCACAUUUCAGUAUGAUGCAUUCAUCUCCUACAGCUCUAAAGACGAGGAGUGGGUGAUGAGACAACUGGUGCCUAAUCUGGAGAGGCCUGCGACCCCUGGACCUAGGCUCAGGCUGUGCCUGAACCACAGGUUCCUGGAGAACAUCGAGUCAGCCAUCUACAGGUCUCGUCGCACCAUCUGCAUGGUAACGCGCCACUACCUGCAGAGAGAGUGGUGCUCCGUGGAGUUCCAGCUGGCCAGUCUGAGGCUGCUGUGUGACGGCAGAGAUGUCCUGCUGCUGGUGUUCCUGGAGGAGAUCCCUGAACGCUGCCUGUCCCCCUACGCACGUCUACGCAGGAUUGUACGCAGGAAGACUUACCUGCUGUGGCCCGAGCAGCCACAGGAGCGGGCGGCCUUCUGGGUCAGGCUGAUCGAUGCUGUGAAAGGCCACGAGGAGGUCAAUGGAGACGGAGGAGAAGAGGACUUGGCUCGGUUAAUUGGUUAGACAUAAAACACAAAAAUACUGUGAACUUGUGGUUAGUGUCAGAUCAGUCGAAAUGUACCCUCCCUUUCAUUACAAAAAUGGCACAGAUAUGUAAAACAAAGAAAGAGUAAGAGUAAAUAAUUAUACCUCCUUGUAUAAAGUUUAAUAUGAAAUGUUUAAUUUGUUUUAUAUAAAAAAAUAACUUCUUGCUGCUCCCAUAUAAACAAAUUGACCCUCAGUGACAUAAUCCUCUAGUUUAUAAGCAGCUUUGAAGCAGAUGCCAUGCUGGUAGCCGACUCCGCCCAGCCCGGGCUAAUGAAAGACGGGCAAAUGCAGCCUGACCUUCAAACCCCGGUUCAUGGUGGGGAUUGUGGUUC